AUGGUCGUGUCGUCGUUUGCGAUCGGCUUGCUCGCGCAAUCGCUGUUCUUCCUCGGAUUCGUGGACGCCUGCCUUGUGUGCUUGUUCUUCAACCUUAUCGGAAUUAUACCCGUGUGUUACUUCUCAACUUUUGGUCCUUGUCUUGGAUUGCGACAAAUGGUUUUGUCUCGGUAUUGGUUUGGUUGGUAUGGAGUGAAGAUAGUCGCUUUGUUCAACAUGCUUGCAUGCCUUGGUUGGUCGGCGGUGAACUCCAUCGUGGGCGCCCAGUUGAUAAACGCCGUCAACAACGAUGUCCCUGGUUACGCCGGCAUCAUCAUCAUCGCGUUCUGCACGUUACUUGUAACCUUUUUCGGCUAUAAAAUUGUUCACGUGUACGAGUUCUGGUCCUGGAUCCCGACCACCAUCGUAUUCCUUAUCGUUCUUGGUGUCUUUGCGCACUCGGGAGAUUUCGUGAACAUUCCAAUGGGCGUCGGUACUAGUGAACUCGGGAGUGUGCUCAGUUUCGGAAGUGUGGUUUAUGGCUUCUCUACGGGAUGGACGAGUUACGCAGCAGACUACACAGUCUAUCAGCCACGGAAUCAGUCAAGGACUAAAGUUUUCUGUGCAGUUUGGAUCGGUCUGAUUAUCCCACUUCUCUUCACUGAGAUGCUGGGAAUCGCCAUCAUGACUGCAACCACACUCAAUGAUGGUCAGAACAAGUAUUCGGCAGGAUAUUCUGCCUCUAAGACUGGCGGUCUCCUCGCCGCUGUGUUAUUCGGACCCCUGGGAGGCUUUGGCAAAUUCUGCCUUGUCAUUCUUGCGUUGAGCAUCAUUGCUAACAAUUGCCCGAACAUAUAUUCAGUCGGUCUCACGAUACAGGUUCUGGGCGGAUCACUGACACAGCGCAUGCCACGUUUCGUAUGGACCGCCGUGGGGACAGCGGUGUACAUUGCGAUCGCUAUUCCUGGCUACACGCAUUUUGAGACGAUCCUAGAAAACUUCAUGAAUUUCAUUGGCUAUUGGCUCGCCAUCUACGAGGGCAUUGCUUUCAGUGAUCACUUCAUCUACAAACGCAGUAUGGACGCGUACGAUCCGGCACUAUACGAUCAGGCUUCUAAACUCCCACCUGGUCUGGCAGCUAUUUUCUCGUUUUGCUGUGGUAUCGCUGGAAUGGUUGUGGGUAUGAGCCAGGUUUGGUAUGUGGGUCCUGUCGCAUUGCAGGCGGGAGAAGCCCCUUAUGGCGGGGACGUUGGGUUCGAGCUGGGCUUUGCUUUUGCUUUUCUGAGCUACACGUUGACUCGAAGGUUUGAACUUAAACUUCUUGGGAGGUGA